AGGGAAGCACCCAUUCCCAAGAUGCUGGCACCCUGCCUUCUGAGAAGAGUGGUCCUUACAGUUCCUUUAGUUUUUGUGGUUGCACUGCUUCUCAUGGAGUCUGUUCGAUCUGAUCAAGAUGCAGGAACAGCCAUACCAGCGGAAAGUCGUCCCUGUGUUGACUGCCAUGCAUUUGAGUUCAUGCAGAGGGCUCUGCAGGAUUUAAAGAAGACAGCCUAUAAUCUAGACACGCGGACAGAAACUCUGCUUCUUCAGGUGGAAAAAAGAAAUCUGUGCGACUGUGUAACUGCAAAUCUGCUGAACUGAAUCCUGGAGGCCAGCUAAAGAGUAUCACCUGUUCAGCGGUUUUUAACAGGCAGCUGUAUAAAACACAGCUUUAUGGAGUUCAUGUUGCAAGCAUGUAUGCCCCAAUGUACUGAGGAAAUUGAGGGGCUCUGUCUUAUGUAUUUGUCUGUUCUGUUCUUUUUUAAAAGAGUAUCCUCUUUUCACAUCCACUGGAUUGCCGGUAAGGGCUCAAUUCAGUAAAUCUGUUACUUGGUAUUAGAGUGGGGGGAAAAAUGUACCUGCUUUGAUUUUUAAAUCAGAGUUGGCCAAGUGUAACUCACAAGAUGGCCAGCAAUGCUUUAGAGACACUUCUAGCUGUUUUUUGUCUCUAAUAUGAACAUAUCUCUGUGACAACUUACCCAGUUACGUUGAGACAGGGAAUUGUGGUCUCAUAGGCUUUGCCUAUGUAUUAAAGAUGAUGGAAGUCCUUUC